CGGCCUGCCGCUCAGGCCCAGGAGCGGACGGUUCCUACUGCGGCUGGGCACCGGCUCCGCUCCGGCGUCGGCCCGCGCUCCAGCUGCGCCCGGCCCGGCCCCGGCCCGGCUCGGCCCGGCCCAGGCCUCCGAGCGAAGGCGCCGCUGCCGCCUGGGCCGCUCCCAGGGCCAUGAGGAGGCGGCGGCAGCCACUGCGGCCCGCGUCAAGGUGACCGGCCGGGACUGCGGCGGCGGCGGCGAGAGCGGGCGAACGCCCAUCUAUCACCCAAAGCGUCUGCUAUUGAAGCAGUACCUGCCGUGGUUUCCAGGAUAGCAGUGGCUACUGUUUGGAAAGCGACGUGCUGGGAUGGUAUAUCCUCUUGGCCUGGAAUUAUGAAGCCCAUCAUGUAUUCCUGGAUUUCUUCAGACAGGUUAUGUCACCGACAGAGGCUGCCCUGAAGCUCCCUGCGGCCCAGAGACUAUGUACAAGAGGAAUGGUCUGAUGGCUAGCGUGUUGGUCACCUCCGCCACUCCACAGGGCAGCAGCAGCUCAGACUCUCUGGAGGGCCAGAGCUGCGACUAUGCCAGCAAGAGCUACGAUGCCGUUGUCUUCGAUGUCUUGAAAGUGAGUCCCGAGGAGUUUGCUAGCCAGAUCACGUUAAUGGACAUACCUGUGUUUAAAGCCAUCCAGCCGGAGGAACUUGCCAGCUGUGGAUGGAGUAAGAAGGAGAAACAUAGUCUCGCCCCCAACGUCGUGGCCUUUACCCGGAGGUUUAAUCAGGUCAGUUUUUGGGUUGUUCGAGAAAUUCUAACAGCACAGACUUUAAAAAUAAGGGCAGAAAUCCUGAGCCAUUUUGUGAAAAUAGCCAAGAAACUUCUAGAACUCAACAACCUUCAUUCUCUCAUGUCUGUGGUAUCAGCAUUACAAAGUGCACCCAUCUUCAGGCUGACAAAAACCUGGGCUCUUUUGAAUCGAAAAGACAAGACCACUUUUGAGAAAUUGGACUACCUGAUGUCUAAAGAAGAUAAUUACAAGCGGACCCGGGAGUAUAUCCGAAGCCUGAAGAUGGUUCCCAGUAUUCCCUAUCUAGGGAUCUAUCUUCUGGAUUUAAUCUACAUUGAUUCUGCGUAUCCUGCCUCGGGCAGCAUCAUGGAAAACGAACAAAGAUCCAAUCAGAUGAACAAUAUUCUCCGAAUAAUCGCUGAUUUACAAGUUUCCUGCAGCUACGAUCACCUCACCACCCUGCCCCACGUGCAGAAGUACCUGAAGUCCGUGCGCUACAUCGAGGAGCUCCAGAAGUUUGUGGAAGACGACAACUACAAACUGUCACUCCGAAUUGAACCCGGAAGCAGCUCUCCGAGACUGGUCUCUUCCAAGGAAGAUCUCGCAGGCCCCUCCGCCGGCUCCAGCUCUGCGAGGUUCAGCCGGCGGCCCACCUGUCCUGAUGCAUCUGUUGCUGGCAGCCUUCCCACACCCCCUGUCCCGAGACACAGGAAGAGCCACAGCCUGGGAAACAAUAUGAUGUGUCAGUUGAGUGUAGUUGAGAGUAAAAGUGCGACAUUCCCAUCGGAGAAAGCGAGGCACCUGCUGGACGACAGCGUCCUAGAGUCCCGCAGCCCCCGCAGGGCCCUCGCCCUCACCUCCUCUGCCGUCACCAAUGGACUCUCCCUAGGCAGUAGUGAGAGCUCAGAGUUUAGUGAAGAGAUGUCUUCAGGGCUGGAAAGCAGGGGACGUCUGUAUGCCACGCUGGGGCCCAACUGGCGGGUUCCGGUUCGGAAUUCUCCCAGAACCCGGAGCUGCGUCUACAGCCCCACGGGCCCAUGCAUCUGUACGCUGGGGAGCUCGGCCACAGUGCCCACCAUGGAGGGUCCUCUGAGGAGGAAAACUCUGCUCAAGGAAGGCCGGAGACCCGCGCUGUCCUCAUGGACCAGGUACUGGGUCAUACUCUCGGGAUCCACCCUCCUGUACUACGGAGCCAAGUCCUUGCGGGGCACAGACAGAAAACACUACAAAUCCACACCCGGCAAAAAAGUCUCCGUGGUGGGCUGGAUGGUGCAGCUGCCUGACGACCCCGAGCACCCCGAUAUCUUCCAGCUGAAUAACCCCGACAAAGGCAAUGUUUACAAGUUCCAGACUGGUUCCCGGUUUCAUGCAAUACUGUGGCACAAGCAUUUGGACGAUGCAUGUAAAAGCAACAGGCCUCAGGUACCUGCGAACCUUAUGUCAUUUGAAUAAGUCUCUGCAGGACUUGGCGUGACUUCAGAGGCUCCUGGGAGCCCAGCCUGGGACUGAUGGCGAAGCGCAUGUCCUGGGCACAGGCUCUUGGCCAGCGCGCUGGAUGACUCACGGCCGGACUCGAGGGGCCUUGGCCGGCGGCCUCACCGCCCUGAGGGCUCUGCCAGCACCGGGCCCACCUGCCAAUCCCCAGCGACUCUCACGCUACUCAUUCUUCAGCACGACCCUGCGAAGCCGCGGUUGGGCCCCAGACUCUGCACCCCACCCUCCCUCUCUGGGCCCUCGUCCGUCCACCAGCUGCUGCUUCGACUAGAGAGCAUCCGGCCCACGUUGGGUCCCCCAUGCUUUCUCCUGCACAAGAGUGGACAGUGUUAACCUGCAUGAGGGGCCAGAGAGAAGGAACAGGCUAUGGAGGAACAGGCUUUUUAUACCCCAAGUGCACGGGGUUGCUCGCCCACAGGGCUGCCUCAGAUUUUGUACAACCCCCAAAGCGUCCUCUGCGUGUGCGUGCCAUAUACGUGUGCGUGCGAGCGAGUGUGAACUCUUCAAGAAACAUGCAUUUUGGCACAAGACUUGUGACAUCACACCCUCCAUUUGCUUUGAGGCCCUGCUUUAACCUGACAUGACAGCCUUGUCCACCGAGGAAGGUCAGAGUGAGAGCCCGGAUUCCUCCUGUGUUAAGGGUUCCUUGCAUUCUUUUACUGUAAACAAACAAUGCCUUAAAUUGUGUCUUGUUUUCUGUUCCAAUGGGUGCUAUUCAUCUGGAAGGUCUGCUCUCUGGGCCCCCCGGGUCCCUUCCAGGCCUUGUUGCUGUUGGCUCUUCUGAGACAGGACCCGGCUUCACUGUGGACUGGGCUGGUCUGCUUGCUCCCUCCCGCCCCUCUCCUGCAGGGUCUGAAAGCCCUUGUCUUCUUCCCCAGACCAUGCCAGAGUGGGAAGUUGUGACAGUUUCUCCCGGCUCCCCAGGAAGCCCUCGCAGGCUGCCGCGCUCACACACGGAAGCGCUGCGCACGGCCUGUCCCGCAGGCUGAGGUUUGCUCCCAUCAUCUACUGCCAGGGCGGGGCCCACCGGCAUUCCUGGUUCCACUGGGGAGCUGAGUGACACUGAGGCCUUAAGCUCCCCGAGUCUUGCCCCCAAACGCAGUCACCAGCAAGUUCUCCACAUCCAAGUCCAAGGGCACAAUUGUUGAUGACCAUGGUGACAAGAGAGCAAAGCCCCGGGGAGUGAACGGUCCCAGCUCUGCAUUCAGUUAAGCGCUUUUUCUCAUGGACAAUGUCCUUUAUCUGUCACUGUCUGUCUUAUUUUUAAGUGACUUUUAUUUUGCACAAAUACAUCUUUAUUCAAAACAAUGAAAACUUAGCUUUAUUUAUGGUAGCUUUACCACCGUAGCUUCUUUCCCUCCCUCCCUCUCUAAUCUGGGUGCCCGAAUUCUGAGAAGGAGACCCUGAAAUGGUUUUCUGAAUUCCUGGGUCCUUGUUGCUGUCAUGGUUUCCGAGCUCACACCGAUCAGACAUCCAACCACCCUUAAGAGUUUCUGGGCAAGAUGCUUCAAAACAACAUCUUCACCAGUAAACUGUGAUGGGUGAAUUUUAAAACUACCAAAGGACCCACCACUGUAUUUUGAUCAAACGGUGACAACUUUCCUGAAAAUUCCAAUGAAUUGAAUCUUAUUUUAUGGUUGAGGCUUAGUGUGCCCAGCAACUAACCCUCCUAUGGAGCAAAGUCUAGAAUAUUCUUGUGCCAGGAGAAGCUCCAGGUGGUAAAGUUGGUGCCAUCCCACCUUGGCCGUGAGUGCUCUGCGUGCCUGCGAACAGCCGGGGGACAGCCGCGUGCCCCAGUUCUCGCCAGUGACUACUCAACUGGGCAUCCGGAGGCCGAAUGACAACACCAAACACUCCAGCAGCUCUCACCAGAACCAUGCAGUGUUAACGCCGCUUUAACCUACACUGAUCUGAUUCUGCCUGUUAAUAUAUUUUGAAGUCUUAAGUUUGGAGGAAAGCGCCAGAAUGGAAAAUCAGCCACUUAUUUUCCUUGGGUUUCUCCACUCCUCAACUCUCCUGGCUCUUCUCGUAUGAAAUUCUAUAGAUGCCAAACCAAGAACCUCAGAAUUUCAGGCUCCCUUCAGUCAGUGCGUUUUCUGCCCUUUGCACAUUUUUCUUACUUUUUGCAAAAAUUUUCUUCUGAGCUGAAUUUGAAAUAGCACAAUUGCAAUUCUUUUCAAAAUGUUUAGUCUUCUCACUGAUUGAGACUGAUCUUACAUCCCCUCCUAGAAACAUUUGUAGCUUGGACUCUUGAAGAAUCUGCUUAGGCCUUGUUGGUACAGGCCUUUAAAGCUGGUAAGAACCUCAAACGUACGGGAAGAGUCCUAGAGACAGGCCAAAAGAUACUGGGUUCUCCCAGGCUGGACGUGGGGCCCAGCAUGUAAGUGCUGAUUUAUCUUCCCAGCAUUGGUUUGUCCCUCAGGCAGCGGGUGAGGACGCCCUCAGGCUGGCACAGGGGAAGCCAGGUACAAAUCCCAAAAGGGAAAAGUCCAUGGCUUUAUUCUCACCCCAUAGGGAAGCAUUUCUGGUUUAUGUUCUUUGACUGUCCAUAAUGCAUCAAUGUUUGUGAAACCAUCAAAGGUGAUCAAUGUCUUGCAUCUGUAUGCUGGUUGUUGGGUUUUUUGCUUUGUUUUGUUUUGUUUUUGAGCAAACAGAUCAUGGUGCCCCAAAGUGAAAACUAUAGAAUGCUGUCUAGAAAUCAUAGACUAGGUAGUUGGUAUCAUUAUGAUUCCCCAAGAACCUCAUGCACCUCUCCCUGGGAAUAAUUUCUGGCCCUCUCAGUUGGAACAUGUUUUAUAGCUCAAGGUCAGCCAAGUGCAUUCUGACAACUAAAAUGCUUCAUGGAGGAUUGAUUCAGUGGGGAGCAGUAGAAAUAGUGUUCUGAGUGUGCCCAGUGAGAGAGUGCGGCCUCCCUUUCCUUCCUGAAGAAGCCCAUUCAUCACCCUGUCUUGCCAUGGAAUCUAAAGAGGAAGAUACUCAAAGGCAUUCUGUUUAGGAAAGAACCCACUCUCUUGCCAACUGAGUUUAUAAAGCUUUUGGUUUUCCUUACCAAGAUUUCCUUUCAUCAUCUUCCUCUCCCACCUCCUGAGCCCAAGACGUGUAUCUUUUAGGAUGCCAUUUUACAAGUGGAAAACGAUCCAUGAAAAUGGGAAACCUUUCACAAGUGCGGUCUGAUUUCAUUCCACAGGUGGGGUUUACAGCUCAGCACCCCCAUCGCUAAUGCUUGUAACAAGGUGAACAUUGCUAAAAACACAACCUAACUUACUUUGCGUGACUUCAUAAAUGGCUUUACCCAGCCUCACAUCAUACUGACAUGUUGUGUGAUGUCAUUUUUUACAGAGAAAAAAAAAAUUACAAGAGUCUCUUGGAAAUAACAUUCUCUGCACAAAACCACCUGUUUGUGCAUUCAUUCUUUCGUUCAUUCAUGACUCUAGUGAGUGCUUCCUGAGUGCCAGGCUAUGGCUGGGAUAUGCCAUCAGUGGCUGAGAACAAGCAGAGCUGGUCCUUGCCCUCGUGGAGCUGACCACACUCCACAAGUAAACAGUCCUCACCAUGGCAUCUCCUCCGGCAAGACCCUGCCUCUCUCCUAACACUGGGUAGAGACCCUGUGCACAUUCCUCCAGGAAGGGUUCAAAACACUCAUCAGACUGAAUGGCCUCUUGAUCUGUGAGUUCACCUGCAAGGAGAACUAGAUGGAGUCGCUGUCCUAGAGGCUGGUUGUCGCAGAACACCCAGGCACAGAGCUAUGGCCGGGCACGCUGCGGAGGACUCUGAGAUGGAAUGAGAAAGCAGGGUCAGAACGUUCACAGUAUUUACUCCAGAGGCUUUUCAGUUUUAAUUUCAGUGUUAAAUGCAAAUACAGCGUAAGCGAGAGCUGCAAUUCCUUGGGUGUUGGGAACUUGUACUGUGGACCACCUUGGAGUCCCGAGCUGCACAAGGGUGGGUACGCUGGGGGCAGCCCCGAAAUCCCUGUUUGCAGCAGCGUGAAGAAUCAUCUGUCCGUUCUAUAAUCGUUCAUCUCUUUACCCAUUUCUGAACGACUGUGACCAUUCGGUAAUGAAAUAUUAGUCAUUAAUUUAUUAGUAUGGUAUAAUCUUAAAUAAAUUUCGUGCCAAAAUGCAUGGUUUUUCACUUAGCAUUCAAAAUGUUGCGUAGAGAGUAGUUUUCAAUUUCUUAUGUAUUCCUCAAAGUAAGUUGAAAAAUCAGUUUCUACAUUUUAAUUCGUUUCUUGUUAAAUCUGUUGCACUCUCCCUGGCUGUCUUUUUUUUUUUUUUUUCCAGCAGACCCCCCUGCAUGCAGUUGUGUAAGGACUUUCUCUAAUUCUUGUGAAUUGUCUCACCCGCAGUAACCACUGAACAUCAGCCCUCUGUGGGAUUCUUUAGAUUUUUGGUGAAGUAUUUUGUUACCUCAGUCUUGUAUCAAGUUGCUGUAUUUUUCAGCUUGUUACACUGAUAAUUGUUUCACUAAUUAAAUACUUUAAUGUACAAACAUCUUUGUUUACUUUGAAAUUAAAUGUGUUUUCCAAUGAA